AUGGAUGGAACAACCCUUAGUUUGUCCAAUUUGAAGGACAAGAUCACUUCCAAACUUUCGGGUUCGCACAAGGAUACUUCCAAGGCUUUCAAAAAAUCCAGUAAAAAUGAUAAUGGUCUGAAAAAAGAUGCUAAAAAGGCGUCCACCGCUUCUCACACCAAGGAGAAUUCCAAGAAGGGUUCCAAGGAUUUCAAGAAGGACACCAAGAAGGAUACCAAGAAGGGUAAAUACUCCAAAGAGUCUUCUGUAAGCAAGAAGGGAGAAUCUUCGAUUGAGGAUGAUUUGAAGCGUGAAGCUUUGGCUCUUGGAGCUACUGAGGAAGAUUUGGAGUUGUUGAAUGGUUUAGACGAUGACGAGAGCGAGACUGAAUUUGGUGAUUCUAGCAACGACAAGACAUUGGCCUCUGAUAUUUCGAAAUUUAUGACAGGGCUUGGAUUUCUGGGUGAGGUCGAGGUUGUAAGUGAAGAGGAAGAACAGGAGGAAGAAGAGGAGGAGGAGGAAGAGGAGAUAGAGCAGGAUGAAGAACAUCAAGAAGAGGACGAGGAGCAUGAAGAUGAAGAAGAUGACGAAAACAAUGGAACUACUGAAGCAGUCCAGGUCCAAAUUGCCUCGCUCAAAUCAAAACCUGUCGUUGUCGAUAAAUUCGCAGACAUCAAGUCCGUCAACAGUACGAAACUCAAAAUCGAAAACAGAAUCGAUUGGUAUAACAUAGAGACUACACCUAUCGAGAACCCAGAGAAGUUGGAUAGAUUUGCCUUGGAAAGAAUCACUGAAAGAGCCAAGGCCAUUGUCGACCAGGAAAACAAAACCUACUUGGAAGAGUUUGCUUCCGACAACUCUCAAAGAAAGUUCUUGUCGCAGAUUCUUGCUGACGGUACCUUGAACGAUAAAAUCUCCGCGUUGACCUUGUUGGUCCAGGAGGCCCCAUUGCAUAACAUGAAAGCUUUUGAGACACUCUUGUAUUACUGUGAGAAGAAGUCUAGAACGGCGGCUUUGCAGGCCAUCGAUGCCAUGAAGGAUUUGCUUUUGAACGGCUUAUUGCCUGACAGAAAGCUUGUGUCUUUGUUCAAGCAGCCUCUUUCCAAGGACGCCAGCGACGAAAAGGUGGCUUUGGCCUACUAUGAGGACUAUCUCAAGAAGUCCUACUUUAAGUUCAUCCAGAUUCUUGAACACUUGUCCCAUGAUCCAAUCUUGCACGUCAGAAUGAACGUCGUGUCGCACAUUUUUGACUUGUUGAAAGCCAAGCCCGAGCAGGAAGCUAACUUGCUUAGAUUGGGUGUUAACAAGCUCGGAGAUGUGGAGAACAAGGUUGCUGCGAAAACUUCUUACCAAAUUCUCCAGUUGGAACAAGCACACCCUGCCAUGAAGAAAAUUAUUACAGAUGCCGUCACGGACAUGGUGCUUCAGAAGUCUAAUGAUUAUCACGCACAGUACUUCACUAUUCUCACACUUAACCAGACAAUCUUGACGAGAACAGAACAUGACUUGGCUAACGCGUUGGUCAAGACAUACUUCUCUUUGUUCGAGAAAAUCUUGUAUGAAUCUGACCCUGCCCGCAAAGAGGGUAAGGAGGACAAGGUGUUGGGAACCCAUGAACAGGGAAGAAAGAACAACAGAAAAGCAUUCAAGAAGGGUAAGAAGGGAGGAAGAUCCGUCAAGGUUGCCGAGAAAUCUGAGGAGGAAGUAAUUGAAGAGAAAUCUGCUAAGAUGUUCUCUGCUUUGCUUACAGGUUUGAACCGUGCGUUCCCAUUUGCAGACUUGCCCUCUGACAUUUACAUGAAGCACUUGGACACCUUGUACAAGAUCACCCAUUCCACAAACUUCAAUACCUCUGUUCAGGCAUUGGUGUUGGUUCAGCAUAUCGUCUCUCAGCAGGAUUUAGAUGCUGAUAGAUUCUACAGAACUCUUUACGAAUCCUUAUUGGACCCCAGAUUGGUUUCUUCUUCCAAACAAGGUAUCUACUUGAAUCUUCUUUUUAAGUCGUUGAAGAACGAUAUCCAAAACGUUCCAAGAGUGUUGGCUUUUGUCCACAGAAUCUUGCAGAUUUGUGCUCACUGGAUUAAUAUUGGAGCUAUCGCUGGUAUGUUCUACUUGCUUAUGGAAUUGAGCAAAACCUUCCCCCAGAUUCUCGAGUUGAUGGAGCCAAAGGAGGCCAGACCAGACUUUAGUACUGCUGACGGUGCUGAAGCCAAUGCUGACCCUGCUAAAAAGGAAUACGAUUCCAGAAAGAGAAAUCCCGAAUAUGCCAACGCAGAAAACUCUUGUUUGUGGGAAAUUUCGCAAUUUCUUAACCACUACCAUCCUACAGUUGCCAUUUACGCUCAGUCUCUACUUGACGGAGAAGUUCAGCCAAAACCCGACUUGGGAUUGUUCUCCUUGGCUCACUUCUUGGACAGAUUUGUCUACAAAAACGUCAAGCAAAAGUCCACCACCAAGGGUUCCUCUAUCAUGCAGCCUCUAGGCGGAGCUCAUACUGGAAGUCUUCUAGUAAGAGCUACGAACACUUCGUCGAAACAAGUACCAGUAAACACUGUCGAUUGGUUGUCCAAGAAGGCCAGCGACAUCAGACCAGAUGAACAGUUCUUCUACCAGUACUUUGCAGGUAACACCAGAAAAAUUAGAUCACAGAAGGCUGAUGAAGGUGAAGAAGAUUCCGACGCAGAGCCUUUGGACGACGAGGAUGUAUGGGAUGCAUUGGUGAAACUGAAACCAGAUGUGGAAGGUCUUUCAGAUGAGGAUGGUUUCUCGGAUAUGGAUGAAGCCGAUUUCAGCGAUUUCAGUGAAGACGAUGACGUAAUUGCAGGUGCAGAGAACAACGGAGAUGUCCCUGAUUUUGAUGACGAAGAACUCGAAGAUGGCCAGAUGUUCGAUAUGAACGAGUCGGACGAAUUCGGCAGCGAUGAGGAGCCCCAGAUGCUUGAAGAAUCGGACGUGGAGGAUGCAUCGUCCGAUUCUGAUGCCGGAAAGAAACGUUCACGUAAGGAUGACGACAAAAAGUCCAAAAAGCAAAAGUUGCUGAGCCUUCCAGUUUUUGCGUCGGCUGAAGACUACUCUGAGUACUUAAAUUCCGACGACGAAUGA